CACUUAUCUAAUUAACUAUACUCACCAAUUUCCCCAACAAAAAACCAUGUAUGCUUCUACUUCCUUUACUUCACAACUCAUCAAUGAGCUUCUUGUGGAAUCUCACACAAGAAGGUUACUCUUCCAAGACACAAUUGAUCAUCAAUCACCAACCAUCUCCCCUACAUUAACAAACAAACAUAAUUCAACCGACUCAUAUUUUGGAGUUCAUGAAUUAGAUUCAAAUGUUGUGAUGAUACUUGCAGUCCUAUUAUGUGCUCUUAUUUGCUCACUUGCAUUAAACUCCAUCAUAAGGUGUGCCUUAAGGUUUUCAAACAUAGACAUCAACAAUGACGAUUCUUCGAGUUCAAGUAACAAUUCUUCACAAAAAUUGGCCAACAAAGGAAUAAAAAAGAAAGCUCUCAAAACAUUCCCAACGGUGAGCUAUUCGACUGAGUUGAAACUACCUAAUUUGGAUACAGAGUGUGUGAUAUGUAUCUCGGAGUUCACAAAGGGUGAAAAGGUGCGCAUUUUGCCUAAAUGCAACCAUGGUUUUCAUGUUUGUUGCAUUGACAAAUGGCUAAAGGAACACUCGUCAUGUCCCAAGUGUAGACAAUGUCUUCUUGAAACUUGUCAAAAGAUUGUUGGGUCGCAGGUACAAGCAGUUGUGUUGCCGGUGCCAGAAACCAUUAUAAGGAUUCAACCACUAGAGCAUGAAGCUUUAGAACGUAACUACCUUCCUUAAUGCCUUGAAUUGUAGAUGUAGGAAAGGAGGGGAAAAAAAGAGAUAUCUUGUACACUACUUUGUAAUUAGUUCAUUGUAUAACUCCCCAAAAGUUGAUUAUA